GUAUAUGUUCGUGCGUAAUAUGAAUAUAAAAAUCAGUUUAUCCUCGUCGCUCCAACUGUGAAGACGAGAAAAGACUUAGCAUUUAAAAGAAAAUAAUAAGAAUUGUAAACACCAUGAAUCCGAAAAUCGCUAUUAUUUUUGUGUUUAUCGUAAUCGCAUCACUUGUAGAAGCCAGACCGAACCUUGAAACAAGUCAACAAACUCACAACAAUCCAGAACAAAAUGACGGGGUGCAUAAUCUAGAGUUACCUAGAAUAAAACGAGGCUCCUAUUUUACUUUUGAAGAAUCCAGUAGUAGUCAUCAAUCCUCUUCAUCGAGUUACUACAGGAAAAUAUCAAGUUCAGGACCAAUAGCCAAAACCUUGGUGUUGGCUGGAAAUGGACGAUAUAAUUCAAACAACUUCCAUUUCAAUAAAUAAGAGUAUUUUUUAAAUUGUAGGUCAAAAGCUUUGAAAACUGCCCUCGGAAUUGAUUCAAAACCCGAAAUAUAUAAAAUGCAAGCUCACGUAGGAUUUAGAGCGUUCACUAAGAGUUUUUUUAGUUUGUUUUGUUAAUAGUGUUAUUUGUCUAACAUACAAACUAAGGUGCAUAUAUCUUUAUUUGUGUGCAAUUUUUUGUGUUGAAGAAAAAGUAAUUGUCAAAAUUGCCGCUAUUAAGAGCAAGGUAACGUACUGAUAGCUAUUCCCUAAAAAAUAAAUGUACUUUGUUAUGAUAAAUAACGUAUUACGAAAACGUCAUUUAUUCAUGUGCAAAAUAUUAAAUUUAUUUGUAAUACAUAA